CUCACACCACACAAAGAUGCAAGGCUGCUCUGUCGAUGCUCCGGUGCAGUCACGACUGACUUAGGACGGUCACUCUUAAACACCACACAACUAUCGCUGUCAAAGCCUCCCGCUUGCUUGAUAUUGGACAUCGGAUAUCGGAAACAACCCCAUCAUGUCGUCUCCGACCAAGAUCUCCGUCACUCUGACGCAGAUAUCUAAAAUGAUAGACCACUCACUCCUCCAUCCGACCAUGACGGACCAGGAAAUCAAGACUGGCCUCGAAAUCGCCCGCAAAUACAACACCGCAACAGCAUGCGUGAAGCCAUACUCAAUACCGCUGGCCAAGAAGAUGCUCCAGGGUUCUGACGUGGCCGUCUGUCCUGUCAUUGGGUUCCCAGCCGGCAACUCGACCGUGGAAGUCAAGGUCUUCGAAGCCAAACAGGCAGUCAGGGCCGGCGGUGUUGAGAUUGACAUGGUCGUCAACAUUGGCAAGGUGCUCAGUGGCGACUGGGAUUACGUGACCGACGAGAUCCGCGCCGUCAACACGGCGGUCACUCGUGGCUCCGGAAACGCAAACGCCAUACUCAAGGUCAUCUUCGAGAACGACUAUCUCCAAGACGAGCAUAUCAUCCGACUUUGCCAAAUCUGCUCGGAUCUCGACGUGGCUUUUGUCAAGACAUCGACGGGCUACGGCUUCGUCAAGCAGCCCAACGGCAUGUAUUCGUACAAGGGUGCCACUGUUCCGCACCUGAAGUUGAUGCGGGAGCACUCCAAGCCGAGCGUCCAGAUCAAAGCAGCUGGCGGCGUGCGCACGUUGGAUGAUCUCUUGUACGUCAUGUCGCUGGGCGUCACGCGGAUAGGAGCCACGGCCACGGUGGCCAUCAUCGAGGAGGCGAAAGCACGAGGUAUUGGGGACACGCCAACCGAAGUCGAGGUGAAGCCUAUCACUACGAAUGGUGCAGCAUACUAGAUACUUACUCGGUCGUUAUAUGCCUUGGUCGAAUCCUCUCCACAAAAAGGUGGCAAAACAUGUAGCGUAGCACUGCAUCAUAUAUCUUGCACCAUUCUAUCGUAUGUAGCAUUGUCGUGAUCGAUCAGUUCGUCUAGAAACGCCCAGGUGUUCGUGUUAACGUUGCAAUGAGCUUGAAAUCUCG